AUGGCGCAAUUGUCUGAUCGAGGAAGCUAUAUGGGAGAUCGAGUAGGAGAUGCAGGAGCAGUUCCCCAGCUUAUUUGUCCAUCCAGGUAUUUAGAAUUGAUCUGUGUUGAUAAUCUGGCCGAGCAUCCAUACUUCACGAGAUCUAAAAUAGCAUUUCAAAUCCCAAUCCCAAAUAAGCCCUAUACCAAUGGUUCCGAACUUGAUCACUAUGAGGAACAAGAAAGGGAGUGGAGAACCAAAGAGGAAAUAACUAAGCAGAGCAUGAAAGAGGAAAUUGUAAAAGCUAUGAAGGAGUUUCACUAUACUCCGAAUGUUGUUGGUUUGAAUUAUGAAGAUCUGUGUAUCCAUCCAAAUCUGGACCUUCCGGAAGGGUUUAAAGUACCGAAAUUUGAUACUUUCGGUGGAACCGGGAAUCCUUUGGCUCAUUUGAGAGCAUAUUGUGAUCAACUCGUAGGAGUUGGGAAGAAUGAGGCAUUAUUAAUGCGACUCUUUAGUCGAAGCUUAAGCAGAGAGGCCUUGGAGUGGUUUACUUCUGAAGAGAUGAAACAGUGGCCAAAUUGGAAUGCUUUGGCUAAACAUUUCAUUGAAAGAUUUGCUUACAAUGUGGAGAUCAUUCCCGAUCGUUAUUCUUUGGAGAAAAUCAAACAAAAGUCUACUGAAAAUUAUCGGGAGUACGUCUAUCGUUGGAGGAAAGAGGCUACCAGGGUGAGACCUCCCAUGACUGAAAAAGAGAUUAUUGAAGUCUUUGUACGCAAUCAAGAGCCUGAGUACUAUGACAGGAUGUUGUUGCUCGUAGGAGCGAAAUUUACUGAGGUGGUCAAAAUUGGAGAGACCAUCGAAGACAGUCUUAAGACCGAAAGGAUUACCCGUGUGGCCAUCCAAGCUGGGUCUUCAGGUUUGUUCAAAAAGAAAAGAGAAGAUGUGUCCUUUAUUUCCCAUGUGCCUGAAAGAAGGACACAAAGAUCAUGCUAUUUUAGCUCCAGAAAAACCUUACCCUCCGAAAUCUAUCCCCUAUCUCCACAAAAUCCCUACCCAAUCUUUUAUGUCCAAUCGAGUUAUCAAACUCCGCCUCCUAAAUACUUACCUCCGCACUAUCAAAAUGCUCCUUGUGGCUACCAAACUCCACAAUGCCCAAAUUUCCGAACUCCCGCACCUUUCCGCCAAAAUCGUCCUAGUUAUCGUCAUGUACCCCCACCCCCACAAAAUAACUACAAUCUUACCCAACCCAAUUUUGAAAAUAGGCCUGCUAGGAUUUUUACUCCUCUAGUGGAAAGUCGGACUAAGCUGUUUGAAAGACUGAGAGAUGCAGGCAUUAUUCAUCCCAUUGCACCUAAAUCAGCUGAUACAAGCUCUAGAUUCUUCAGAGCUGACCAAAUAUGUGCAUAUCAUUCGAAUAGUGUAGGGCAUGAUACUGAAACUUGUGUCAAUUUGAGGCAUAAAAUUCAGGAUUUGAUUGAUCGCGAGGUCGUCACUCUCCAAACCGCCACUCCCAAUAUUAAUAAUAACCCCCUGCCGAAUCAUGAAGGGGUGAAUAUUAACGUGAUUGAAGUUGGAAAAGAUUGGAAUGCCGAUAGCCCAGUCAAAUCUGACAAUCUUAAAAAGCCUCUUCCUCAUGUGUGUCAGUCGUUUUCAGUGCAAGAGUCUUUCAAUAAUGUUGGUCUAGGAGAAGGAGUCAGUGAUGCUAUGAUAAUCGAGACGUCAGGCAUAUGA